GUAACCUCAAACUCUAUAAAUAUACAAAGACACAUCUCCAAAACUGGACAUACAAAAAAAUCUCCAAAGACAUUAUUGACACAAAAGAUUAUCACAAACUAAAGUAAGGAACAAAAAUCCAAACAAGUUUUUUAAAAAAGAUGGGGAAUUGUAUAGUAAUGGAGAAGAAAGUGAUAAAGAUAAUGAGAAAUGAUGGAGAAGUAGUUGAAUACAGAGGACCCAUGAAGGUUCAUGACAUCCUCACCCAAUUCUCUGGUCACUACUCUCUCUUUGAUUCUCUGUCAAACCAUUGUCAUCUUCAUCCACAAGCCAAGCUUCUCUGUGGUCGUAUCUACUAUCUCAUGCCGAAGCAGACGACCACAGUAAAGCACAAGAAAACGAAGAAAGUCAGGUUUGCAAAUCCAGAGGUUGAAAAAGAAGGAGAUAUUAAGGAGAAGAGUCCUAGUGUCGUGAGAGUGAAGAUGGUUGUGAGUAAGAAAGAGCUAGAGAAGCUGCUUCAAGGAGGUUCAGUUCAUGAAGUGGUCUAUAGGAGUCUUGAUAAGCAACAUCUAUGUCGUGAUGAUGAUGGUGCAGCUUCUGCUGAAGAGUGUCUUACAGGCUGGAGACCUUUGUUAGAUAGCAUUCCAGAAUCUGUGUAGCCUAUAGCAUGUCCAUAUCUUACAUAAAUAUAUAUGACACAUACAUAGAUAUAUACAUAGAUAACAGAGAGGAAAGAAAGCAUGUAAGUCCCGGGUUCCAAUGGUGUUACAUAAAAGAAAGUUUCAAAGUUUGUAAUAAAACCCCAAAAAUGUGAAUAAAUGUUAUGUUGAAAUUUCCAAAA